AGUUAAUUUUCAUUAUAUUUCUUUUAUUUUCUCCUUCAACCUUUUAGAAUUAUCACUGUCCAACUGGAUGAGACAAAACCUGUAGAAAUGAACUUGGGCCCAUCAGCAGAAAGCAUGACAAUAAAUGUGUCCAACCUGUACAUAGGGGGGGUUCCAGAGGGUGAGGGGGCAGCGAUGCUCCAGAUGAGAAGGUCAUUCCAUGGCUGUAUCAGAAACCUCAUCUUUAACAUGGAACCUUUGGAUUUCACUGGUGUGGUCGGCUAUGAACGAGUGGACUUGGACAGCUGCUUGCUUUCAGAAAAGCCUAGGCUGGCUCUUCAGGAAGAGGACAGCAAGCUCCUGCCAGAGCCUCAUCCUCCACCACGUCCACAACAGUGCGCCAUGGACGGAACCCCAGAGUAUGUCCCCAAUGCUCACCAGUUUGGACUCACACAAAGCAGCCAUUUCGUGCUGCCUUUCAAUCAGUUGGCUGUCAGAAAGAGGCUCUCAGUUCAGCUAAGUAUCCGAACAUUUGCCUCCAGUGGACUGAUUUACUACAUGGCCCACCAGAACCAAGUGGAUUACGCCACGCUCCAGCUGCACGGGGGCCACCUCCACUUCAUGUUUGACCUUGGGAAAGGAAGGACAAAGGUCUCCCACCCUGCGCUGCUCAGUGAUGGCAAGUGGCACACGGUCAAGACAGAGUACUUUAAAAGAAAGGGCUUCAUGACAGUUGAUGGCCAGGAAUCCCCCAUGGUGAGCACGGUGGGAGAUGGCACCACCUUGGAUGUGGAAGGAAAGUUGUACCUGGGAGGCCUUCCCUCCGAUUACAGGCCCAGGAACAUUGGAAAUGUCACCCACAGCAUCCCCGCUUGCAUUGGGGAGGUGACAGUGAACAGCAAGCAGCUGGACAAGGGCAGCCCAGUGUCUGCAUUUGCAGUAGCCCAGUGCUAUGCAGAGGCCCAAGAAGGAACUUUCUUUGAAGGAAGUGGAUAUGCAGCUCUUGUCAAAGAAGGGUACAAAGUUCGUUCAGAUGUGAACAUCACACUUGAGUUUCGUACCUCCUCAGAGAACGGCGUUCUCCUGGGGAUCAGCAGCGCCAAAGUGGAUGCCAUUGGAUUAGAGAUUGUUAAUGGCAAGCUCUUAUUUCAUGUUAACAAUGGUGCUGGUAGGAUAACAGCUGCAUACGAGCCCAAAGCUCCCCACACUCUCUGUGAUGGAAAAUGGCACACACUGCAAGCGAACAAAAGCAAGCACCGCGUGGUGCUGGUCGUGGAUGGGAACGCCGUUCAUGCUGAAAGUCCACACAUCCAGUCCACCUCAGUGGACACCAACAAUCCCAUUUAUGUUGGUGGCUAUCCUGCUGGUGUAAAGCAAAACUGCCUGAGUAGCAAGACCUCCUUCCGGGGCUGUUUGAGAAAGCUCACUCUCAUUAAGGGCCCACAAGUGCAAUCCUAUGACUUCAGCAGAGCUUUUGAAAUACAAGGAGUUUUCCCUCAUUCCUGUCCUGGAUCUGAGCCCUGAACUCCAGGGAAACUCCUCAAUUCAGAUCAAUCAUUGCUUAUAUUUUGAAUAGUUAUUUUUGUGAAAUUUCUUCAGAUUUCAUUUCCAACUCAGGUUAAGUGUUUUCAUAGAGUAAGUUUGUUUUUAUGUUAAACUAAAACCACAUGUACAACAAAUACCUCUAUUAAAUAGUUUAAAAUGUACACUGAA